AUGUCUCGAUCCUUUCGCUAUGUUCCCAAGUGGGCUCCUAUAAGCACACAAGAACGCUUCAAUAAUAUCACAAUUUACUUGACUCCUCAAUCGCAUCCAGUAUGCCUUCGCGGAAGCUUAUUGACAGGCAUGCACAAAGAAGCUGGUCCUGGUUGUGUGACUAGAUACAUAUACACAUCCUUGUAUGCUUCCGCUUCCGUGUAUUGA